GUAAUCUUUGAAAUCGGCGUGGAAGGUCUCAUCGGAGAAUACGCCACGCUCAAACCUUAUCUUGCCAGCACUUAUUCAAGAGAGAUUUUCGAUCAGAACCCGACCAAGAAUCGGUACAAAGACGUCAUCUGUAAUGAUCUGACCCGGGUGAUCAUCAAAGAUGGUAAAGGCUCCGAUUAUAUUCAUGCUAACUACGUGAGAGGGCAGUGCCUCGUCAACACUUUCAUCUGCACACAGGGCCCAAUCAUGACAACAAUUGCUGAUUUCUGGCGCAUGAUUCUGUUCGAGCAUGUGUCCCAUAUUAUAAUGUUGUGCGACACGAUUGAGCAGGGCAAAAUGAAGUGCGAACAGUAUUGGCGAACAGUAUUGGCCCAAUGA